AUGCCCAUUUUACCAACUACCUCACCGCGUUCUACAUUUCAUUCAGAUAGUCAACAUAAAAGAAGACGAUCAACUUAUUGGUCGUCUUCCAUCCCAUUGUUUUUACGACGGUUAUUUAGAUUUCCACAAAUGGAUUUUGAAUUUGCACUAUGGCAAAUGCUUUAUUUAUGUAUAGCUCCUAGAAGAGUAUAUCGAAAUAUUUAUUAUCAUAAACAAACUAAAAAUCAAUGGGCAAGGGAUGACCCAGCUUAUGUUGUGAUAUUAUCAUUUUUCUUAGGGGUAUCAGCGAUUGCAUGGGGAUUAGUAUAUGGACAUGGGCUGAUAGGGAUCCUUAAAAUGAUUUCAUUUAUGGUAUUUGUAGAUUUUGUAGUAGUUGGGAUGAUAAUCUCUACAAUUUGUUGGACAUUUGCAAAUAGAUUUUUAACGCAUAGACAUACACUUCAUGCAGUUGAGCAAAAAGUAGAAUGGGCCUAUGCAUUUGAUGUACAUUGUAAUUCAUUUUUUCCUUUAUUCCUAAUAUUAUACGUAGCUCAAUUUUUUUUGAUGAGAGUUUUGAUAAAAGAUAUUUGGAUUUGUUUAUUUCUUGGAAAUACGAUGUAUUUAAUUGCAAUAGGUUAUUAUUGUUAUAUUACUUUCUUAGGUUAUAAUGCAUUACCAUUCCUUUUACAUACUGAAAUGUUUUUAUAUCCAGUUGCUUUAUUCCUUAUUGUUUAUGUUAUCUCAUUAUUUGGUUUUCAUAUUAGUGCCAAUGUAUUACAAUUAUAUUUCGGUAGAUGA